GCGAGAGGGCAACAGAGCUGCGACGACCAGGUCAAGAACCCCAGUAGCCGCCUCCCCUCCCCUACCCCCUUUUCAUCGCCCCGACGCUCAUCAGGGAGCAGGACGACCUGUGCCUCCAGAUGUGCCGCUGCCGCGACAUGGAAGCCGGCCUACUGAUGCUGCUCUCCUCCCGUGUCGGGGACGACGAGCUACUGCUGCACACCGCCCAAUGCAUCGGUCAGGCGAGGAUGGGAGGCGGCGGGUUCAGGAGGGCGCCUGGCAGGGAUGAUGUGGCGCCAUAUUUGUGGCGUAAGAGAAGGAGGGGGACCUAUCGGCUUAUGAGUGAUAGUCCACAUCGAACACGUUCUUGUGGAGGUUGGUCGAGCUCCAAGACAGGGUCAGAGUUGGUCAAGGGUGACCUCUAUUAUUUGUCGCUACAGGGUUAUUGUCAUAGUGGGAGAAACUGGUUAUGGUUAAAUGGUGCAAAUACCUCAGUAUCUUCCUGGAGCUAG